GCUGGAACUUCAGAGUGGACUGAGCAGUGGUUAGAGAUUUAGGACCUGACCAGGAGAGGAAGGAUGGAAGUUGAUAACAGCAGAGAUAAUUCCUUCUGAUAACUUAGCAUCACCCAGGCUUCAUUGGAAACGUCCACCCAGCUUCACCGUUUCUGUGUAACAGGGUCAGAGGAAAAGACGCAUGAUGGCCAAGACUUCACAGAGGAAGCAACGUGAUUGCGUAAACCAGUCAAAGCCAAAGUCCCGUUUAAGCAUCUCGAUCCCCUUGAGAAUGUCCAGCUACACUUUCAAGAGACCAGUUACUAGAAUUACGUCUCACCCGGACAAUGAGGUCAGAUACCAUCAAUGGGAGGCUAACUUAGAUAAGCCCCAGCAGGUCUGCUUGCACAAGAGACUGCAAGGACUCCAGGCCUCCGGCAGCUUUGGAGAACUUUUAAGUACUUUAGACCUCGCCAAAACUUUGCACACACUUGCUCCUGGUUGCACCAGUGCAUCCCUGUUAGCUGGUGGUGUGAGCUCCAGCUCUCUGCCUGUCCUUGCCCCGUCUUCUCAUGUGGUGGAGACAGUCCCAGAAAUGGGUUUGGGUGCAACCCAGCUCCUCUGCAAACAAUUUCUGGUCACAGAGGAAGAUAUUAAGAGACAGGAAAGAAAAGUGGAGACAGCAAGAGAGAGACUGGCAGUAGCACUGAUUGCGGACAGAUUAGCUAGUGAGGCGGAGAGAGCGAAGGAACCACAAAAGGUGUCUUGUUAAAUGCCAAGAAAAGAGAAGAUGCUAAAGAAGAAAUAAGACAUGAUAUUAUUUUAGCACCAC